AUGUCGUUGCCCUCGAGUCUGGACUCGGGGAGGAUGGACGGCAGAAUCAGACUCAGGAAGCUCUGGCGAAGCCGGACCUCGCGGGCCGCGGUCUCCGCUCCGAGGAACAAGCAGGGCAAGAAGAGGCAGAGUAAUCGCACCAGGAGGUGCAUGUGCCUGCCCUCGAAUUACGCCCUCGUCGAGUUCCCCGUCGUCUGGUCGGAGCUCAGGGCGAACCAGCAGCUCUGCGACGGGGCGAUCAGGUGUGCCCAGGACAGGGUCUUCUCGGUCCACCGCGCCAUCCUCUCGGCGGUGAGUCCUUACUUCAAGGCGCUCUUCACGAACAGCCUGAAGGGCGGGAAAACCGAAACCACGGAAGUGGCCAUCACCGGGGUCCCCGGCGACGUCUUCGGCCUCAUCCUGGACUACGCUUACACGGGCACGUGCAACGUCACCGCGGAAAACGUGGAGCAGCUCCUUCCUCUGGCCGACAGGUUCGAGGUCCUGGGCGUCGUCCAGCUGUGCUGUCAAUUCCUCCUGCAGGAGCUCCGGCCUGAAAAUUGCCUAGGUAUAUUCAAAUUUGCGCGUCACUACUUCUGUCGCGACCUCGAAGAGAAAGGCCGAAAGUACAUCCGUCAUCACUUCAAACAGAUCCUGCAGGAGAGCGGGGAGUUCAAGGAGCUCCUCGCCGAGGAGCUGGAGGCGAUCCUGAAGGAUGACGAGCUCAAUGUGCGAAACGAGGAGCUCGUCUUCGAGGCCGUGAAGACCUGGCUCGAGUGGAAGCCCGAUGAGAGGAAGAAACACCUGCCGCACCUGUUGGGCUGCGUCAGGUUCGGCCUGGUGGGCUUCAAGUUCUUCACCGAGCGAGUCCUCGGGUGGAGCCACGUCGGGGACGACGAGGAGUGCCUGAGAGUCCUUGGUCCAGCGAAGGCUUACCUAACCGAGCAAGAAUCUCGUCAGGGUGGCGAGGCCGACCCCCGAAAUCCCCUCACCAGGCCCAGGAUCCCCUUCGAGAUCCUCUUCGCCAUCGGAGGAUGGAGCGCCGGGUCGCCCACCAGCUUCGUCGAGACCUACGACACCAGGGCUGAUCGGUGGUUUCUGUCCGUUAACACGGACGUGACACCCCGGGCUUAUCACGGGCUCUGCGCCCUCGACGACUUGAUCUACAUGAUCGGCGGCUUCGACGGCAACGAGCACUUCAACACCGUGAGAUGCUUCGACCCGGUUACGAAGGAGUGGCGAGAAAGAGCUUGCAUGUACCACGCGAGGUGUUACGUCAGCGUUUGCACCCAUGGUGGAAAAAUCUACGCCCUAGGGGGGUACAAUGGCCGCACCAGGAUGAGCUCUGGAGAACGAUACGAGCCCCAGAGGAACCAAUGGGAAAUGAUUCCGUCGAUGCACCGGCAGAGAUCGGACGCCAGCGCGGCAUCGCUUCAGGAGAAGAUCUACAUCGUGGGUGGGUUUAAUGGACAGGAAGUCCUCAGUUCCGCCGAAGUCUUCGACGUGGAGACCAAUCAAUGGAGUUACAUCCACUCGAUGACGAGUCCGAGGUCAGGGGUCUCCCUGGUGGCAUUUCGAGACAGCCUUUACGCCCUGGGAGGGUUCAAUGGGUUCGCCAGGCUGAGCUCUGGGGAGAAGUACACCCCCAACAAUUCCACGGACUGGCACGAGGUCACGGAGAUGUUCACCCCCCGGAGUAACUUUGCCACGGUCAUCCUUGACGACAUGAUCUUCGUGGUCGGCGGAUUCAACGGAUCCACUACAACUGCUUACGUCGAGUGCUACGACGCAGACAACAAUGAGUGGUAUGAUGCCUCUCCGAUGAACCUGAACAGAAGUGCCCUGAGUGCCUGCGUUAUCGCUGGCCUGGCAAACGCACGCGAGUACUCCUUCCUCAGCAAAGCUCGUGACCUGGGGCAAGGCCAAGCAACCUCCAGGAGCCCCAGGAAACCUGGUCAGGGUGGCGAAGGCCCGGAAGUCAAUAAUAUGGACCCUGGGGAAGAUAAUCCAGAGGCAGACAAUCUCGCCGUUGAAGGAGAUCCCGUCGACGGGAUCGCCGAGGGCGACGACGUCCUCCUCGACGACGAGAUCAUGCAACUCGAGGAGUCUCUGGACGUCGACCAGGGGUUCGACUGAUAACUGAGAAUUCCGGCAAAUGUCCUCAAAGUGAAGAGAGAAAAAGAAAGGAAAAAAAAUCAGCAAAAACCUGAAGCAGGUUGCCAGGACUCGAUUGCUUCCAUCCUCCAGGACUUUAAGAAGAAAUGGAGCUCGAAGAGUCCUAAUGAAAGUUUCCGAAAAAAUUGCAAAUUUUCACCGACGCGAGGGUAGGAGGUUAAACGUAAUGAUAACGAUAGGGCGGCUUCGUUUUGUGGAAAAGAAAGGGGAAAAAAGGAAGAAGAA